AUGCCGGUGCCAGCGCUUUUCCAGCACCACGCUCACGCCGAGCUGCCCGGGAAGCACUGCCGCCGCCGCAAAGCUCGCACCGUGUUCUCCGACUCGCAGCUCUCCGGCCUGGAGAAGAGGUUUGAGAUCCAGCGGUACCUGUCCACGCCCGAGCGGGUGGAGCUGGCCACGGCCCUCAGCCUGUCCGAGACGCAGGUGAAGACCUGGUUCCAGAACCGCCGCAUGAAGCACAAAAAGCAGCUGCGGAAGACGCAGGACGACCCGAAGCAGGCGGGCGGGGAGGAGAGCCGGGAGCAGAGCUCCCCCGAGCCCGAGCUGCCCGAAGCGGCCGCAGCCGAGCCCCGCAAGGGCCCCCCCGGCCCCUUCCUGCUGCAGGACCCCGAGGACGAGGUGGACAUCCUGGAGGAGGGGGACAUCUGCCCCCACCGCCUCUAGGACAGCGGGGCUCUCCUGCCUCUCCUUGGCUCGGCCCCGGCCCCGCAGGUCGCCCCCGAAGGGCUCGGGAAGGGGGGCACGGCUCGGGAAGGGGGUGUGGAUGCGGGGGGAGCCCCCUCCCCUCCCCGGGGCGAAGGUGGCGAUGUCCCCGAGGGGGCCGGGACCCCGCGGUGCCGCCGGUGCCCCCCAGCAUCGCCCCGAGGCUCGGAAAUCUGGGGCGGGGGGAGCGAAACGAGCCGAGUUUGUUUGAGGUUCCCCCUUCCCUCCGAAGUGUCGGAG